CUCUCAGAAGUUGAUCGCCGAAAAUUUCUCAACCUCUGUCCUUCCAACCUGGAUAGACGUUAUCGUGCACCAGUAUUGCAACGUUCUAUCAAUGCGGGAUCACUUACUCGCAAAUUUGAUCAACAACUUGCCGACGUGCAAUAUCGCUUAUCUGGACUUACUCGACCGAUUGACCUUAUGGCACAUAAUCUUGCCCAAGGACGUACCCCAACUAUUGCUGAUUCUACAAACUUUAUUCGUACGAUCCACAGCCUACUUUCUGAUGUUGCCUCACAUAUCACACAACUUCGUAGUGAUAACAUCUGUCGUGAUGCCGGCUUGCCAACUGUCCCACUUGCAGACAACUCAGACGAUGAAGACACUUUGUUGGAUACGACUCGUAUUUUGGAACAAUCCAAGCUCUCCAAAGCCCUUCAAGAUGCUCAAUCCAAAAGUCGCACUUCCCGAAAGAAAAAGGGAAAACGUUUUAACAGUAAUACAAGAUCCACUACUGUCGAAUCAGAAGAUCAACCCACCAAAUCUUCUGACAAAUCUAAUUUAUCUGGUACCACUUCAAGA